AUGUCGGCAAGAGAAAUUUAUUAUUCGGAGAAAUACUAUGAUGAAGAAAACGAAUACAGGCAUGUUGUACUUCCGAAAGAAAUGGUGAAACUGGUACCCAAGAAUCAUCUCAUGUCUGAGCAGGAAUGGCGAAGCAUUGGAGUUCAACAGAGCCAAGGGUGGGUGCACUACAUGACACAUCAACCAGAACCCCAUAUCUUACUGUUCAGGAGAAAGAGAACCACACCACCGGAGAAAAAG